AUGGAAAACGAACAAUUCUAUCGAGGUCAAUUUGAUUGUGUAGAAGAUCGUAAAUUAAAUUCAGUACGUGUAUUUAUUAGUUCAACAUUCUCUGAUACAACUGAUGAACGUAAUGGACUUAUUGAAUGUGUAUAUCCUCGAUUAUACAAGUAUUGUCGUACUAAAUACAAUAUUCAAUUUCAAUAUUCAGAUAUGCGUUGGGGUAUUCCAUCAACAGCAUCAAAUUCUCAUUCAACUGUUGAUAUGUGUCUUCAAGAACUUGAUAGUUGUUGUCGAUUAUCAAUGGCAACUAAUUGUAUAGUUCUCUUAAGUCAUCGAUAUGGAAGUCGUCUUGUUCCAGCAUGUAUAUCAUUUCGUAUAUUUCAAUUACUCGAAGAUUGUCUAUCAACAAAUAUUGAAGAAAAAAAUUUUCUAAUAGAAAUGUAUCAAUUAGAUGAAAAUUAUCUUGAACAUAAAUAUUUUCUUCGACCAAUAGAUGAUAAUCAACAAUGGACAUUAUUAGAAAAUAAAUUACAAUUAAUUUUACAAAAAGCAGCUAAUAUCUGUUAUAAACAAGGAAAAAUAACUAAAGAUGAACGAAAUGAAUUUUAUAUAUCAGUUACAGGAAAAGAAAUUUAUCGUGCAUUAAAAAAUAAUAUAAAUAGAUCUCGACGAAUAAUUUGUUUUUUUCGUGAAAUAAUUGAUAUUGAAGAACUUGAUUCAAAAUAUCGUGAAAUAGAAAAUGUAGAUGAAACAAAAAAAUCAUUAGAAAAACUUAAAAAUUUACUUCAUCAAUCACUUGAUUCAUCAGAUAUUUAUACAUAUCAAAUUCAAUGGAAUGAUGAAAAUAAUCGAACAAAAUAUUUUUCUCAAUUUUUCGAAGAUUUUUAUCAUGCAAUUACAUCACAAAUUGAUUUUCAUAUGAAAACAUAUGAAAAUCAACAAAAGAAUUUUUUAUAUAAUCAAAUAUUAGAACAUGCUAUUCAAUGUAAUUUAUUAAUACAACGAUAUUUUCCUCGACAAGAUAUUCUUGAACAAAUUACAACUUGGUAUUCACAACCAAAUUCUUUAUCUGUUAUUAUACGUUUUUUGGGUGUAACACCAUCUUCAAGUGAUAUUCGUCGUCCAUUAAUAUCAAUUAUUGAACAGAUUUGUACAAUUUAUCAUUUGGAUCUACCAUCAAAUUUAGAUAAUGUUAAAGAAAGUUUUGAAAAUAUUUUAAUGCAGAUUCCAAAAAAUGAACAUCUUAUUCUUCUUCUUGAUGCUAUUGAUCAACUACAAAUUAUUGAUCUAAAAAAUUUAUCAAUAUGGUUACCAAUACAAUUUCCAUCGACUAAUUUUAAAUGCAUAAUUUCAACUAUUUCAGAAAUAGAAAUCGAAAGAAUAACAAUUGAUAUUCGUCAACAAUUAAGAAAUAUUUAUAAUAAUGAAAUAAUAGAAAUAGAAAUCAAUUCUUUAGAUCAAAAUCUUGCUGAACAAGUCUUAUAUUAUUGGCUUGAACAAGAUCAACGUUGUUUAACAUCUAUACAAUAUGAAUGGCUAAAAAAGAAAUUUAUUUCACAACAUUUUUUAACACCACUUUUUCUGUCACUUCUAUAUGAUCAAACAUUAUCAUGGCAUUCAUUUGAUCAAAUACCUGAUCAAGCAUUUUUAGCUAUAAGAUAUACAAGUGAUGCUAUUGGAUAUUUAUAUAAUAAAUUAGGAGUAAAACAUGGUCAAGUUUUAUUUCGACGUUCAAUGCGAUAUCUUCAAUUAUCAGGUGGAUUAAGCGAAUUUGAAAUAGAAGAUAUUCUUUCAUUAGAUGAUGAAGUUUUACAAUCAAUUUUUGUUCAUUAUUUACCACCUUUUAAAUUAUUUCGAAUACCAUCUACUUUAUGGAUUCGUAUUAGAAAUGAUAUGCAUAAAUAUUUAGUUGAAAAAGAUAUUGACAAUAUUCCAUGUAUUUAUUUGUAA